GAUAUUCAUUUGAUAUCGUAGAUGUUGAUCAAAUUUCAUAGAAGUUUACGAAAGUUUUGCGCCUUAUAUUUUGAAACGAAGGGAAUAUUUGUAAGAAAAGGAAAGGCAACAUUAAAGUUUACGUACAGACUCUCUUGCGGUGUGCCCUUGCUGUACAGGCUUGGUCUUCUCCUUAUUAUAAGCAUCAUUCUCCUUGAACCGUAAAAGAGAUGAUGAUGCAGGCGGCAUGGUGCUUCCGUGGGUGUCUCGUAUUUGAUUCCUAUAUAAAAGAUCGUUGUCUAAAGUGGUCACGACCGGACUGAUGGCUACUCUUCAUCUACCGUAUUUUAAUUUGCUUUACUGGAAAUGAUUCUUCACCGAAGCUGUCCAGAAAUAAGAAAUCCUGACUCCGCCAUGUUCUUUGCUUUGCUGCAACACUCUACACACAUCCAAUGGAGGAGGGGAGCAGCCGCGGCGGCGGCAAGCACUUCGUCCUCGUCCACGGCCUCUGCCACGGCGCCUGGUGCUGGUACAAGCUGGCCCCGCUGCUGGAGGCCGCGGGGCACCGCGUCACUGCAGUCGACCUCGCCGCGUCCGGCGUCCACCCGGCGCGCGCCCACGAGGUGCCGUCCUUCGAGGCCUACUCCCGGCCGCUCCUCGACGCCGUGGCGGAUGACGACGACAACAACAACAGGAGCCUGGUCCUCGUCGGCCACAGCUUCGGCGGGCUCAGCGUGGCGCUCGCCAUGGAGAGGUUCCCGCGCAAGGUCGCCGCCGCCGUGUUCCUGGCCGCGUCCAUGCCGUGCGCCGGCAAGCCCAUGGGCGUCACCAUCGAGGAGUUCUUUCGCCGGGUGACGCCGGAUUUCUUCAUGGACAGCGAGACUCUUGUCCUGGACACCGAUCAAGGCCCUCAAACCGCAGUUCUGCUCGGGCCCAAAUUGCUCGCAGCAAAGCUCUACGACCGGAGCUCAACGGAGGAUGUGACGCUGGCGAGGAUGCUGGUGAGGCCCGGGAACCAGUUCAGGGACGACCCGAUGAUGAAGGACGAGGCGUUGCUGACGGCCGGCAACUACGGGUCGGUGAAGAAGGUGUACGUGGUGGUCAUGGCCGACGCCUGCAGCAGCGAGGAGGAGCAGCGCUGGAUGGUCGGCCUCAGCCCCGACACGGAGGUCCGGGAGAUCGCCGGCGCCGACCACAUGGCCAUGUGCUCCAAGCCCAGCGAGCUCUGCCAUGUCCUGCUCCGGGUCGCCAGCGAGUGCGCCUGAGCCGGCAUACAUGGUUACAUAAAGGCUUGUGUAAACUGUAUCAAAACUGUUGAGAGUUGGUGAUGGUAAUUCGCCACCGGUCAAAACACUCGACCUUCUUGCUUA